AUGUCGGAACUGUCUUCUUCUACUACUCGCAGAAGACGCAAUAGAGCUAGAAGAAUCGACAGUAGUCCUAUCUUAGACAAUGAUCAACCAUUUGAUGAUGAAUCUGCCGCUAUCCUUGGUGAGGAUGUCCCGGAAGAUGAAGAGGAAGGAGAAGAUUUAUUUAAUGACGCUAUGGAGCGGGAUUAUCGUCCCAUUCCCGAGCUUGAUGUUUAUGAGCCAGAAGGGUUGGCUGGAGAAGAUGAGGAAUUUGAAAAUAUCUCGCCUCGAGCGAGAGCCGAGGCUGAACAAGAAAUGCUUCGCCGUGAUAGAGAGCAGGCCAUCGCUACUGGUGGCCUUCGUAGGGACAUAAUAGCUGACUUAUAUGAUGAGGGCGAAGAAGUCAUUCCUCUCAGACGUCGGCGCAUAGCAGAGCGUGCAGCUGCAGGACUGGAUGCCUCACUUGGGGCGGAACCAGAGGAAAUCUUAGAAAGCAUAGAAAAUCUAGAAGAUAUGAAGGGCAUGCCGAUAGUUGAUUGGGUUCAACAACCUGCGACGCGCCAGGAGAUAAAGAAUCGCUUUAAAUCGUUUCUCCGUACAUUUCUUGAUGAGAAUGAUAGAAAUGUUUAUGCCGAAAGAAUCAUUCAAAUGGCGAGGGAAAAUAAGCGCAGCUUAUUUGUAGAUUAUCAACAUCUAGCCACAGCAGAGCAGGUCUUGGCGUACUUCCUGCCUGAAGCCCCUCAGCACAUGUUACAAAUAUUCGGAGAGGCUGCUCGUGAAGUGACCUUGGGCCGUUAUAGCCGCUACGAUCGCAUCACCAGUCAUAUUAACGUCAGAAUUAAUGAUCUUCCACUAAUUGAAGACUUGCGCUGCUUGCGCUUCCUACACCUCCACCAACUAAUACGCACAGCCGGAGUCGUCACAAGCACAACUGGAGUCAUGCCCCAAUUAAGCCUUGUUCGCUAUAACUGCAUGAAAUGCAGUUGCCUAAUCGGGCCAUUUGCCCAAGGUCAGGGUGGGAAUGAAGUCCGACCAUCAACAUGUCCCGAUUGUCAAUCCUCCGGGCCUUUUGAGAUAAAUAUGCAGCAAACCAUAUAUAAAAAUUAUCAAAGGAUUACCAUUCAAGAAAGCCCUAGUAAGGUUCCGCCUGGUCGACUUCCACGUUCUAAGGACGCUAUUCUGCUAGAUGAUCUCGUAGAUACUUGCAAGCCUGGUGAUGAAGUGGAGAUAACCGGUAUUUAUACCCACAGCUAUGAUAAUUCAUUAAAUACGAAGCAAGGCUUUCCUGUCUUCUCGACUGUAAUUAUAGCAAAUAAUGUUGUCCGCAAAGAUGAUAAAGCUGCAGUUGAAACUUUGACAGAUGAAGACGUUAAAAUGAUACUAAAAAUGUCUAAGGAUGAGAAUAUUUCAGCAAGAAUAUUUUCAAGCAUUGCUCCUAGUAUUUAUGGACAUGACGAUAUAAAAAGAGGCAUUGCGCUUGCAUUGUUUGGUGGCGAAUCAAAGAAUCCAGGCAAGUUUAUCCCUCUUCGAAUACACAAAGUUCGUGGAGAUAUAAACGUCCUUUUAUGUGGCGACCCAGGGACUGCAAAAUCUCAAUUUCUCAAGUAUGUUGAACAGUUGGCUCCUCGUAGUGUCUUUACUACAGGGCAGGGAGCCAGUGCCGUUGGCCUGACAGCCUACGUGACAAGAAAUCCUAUGUCAAAGGAAUGGACUUUAGAGGCGGGUGCUCUUGUUUUGGCAGAUAAGGGUGUUUGCCUCAUUGAUGAGUUCGACAAGAUGAACGACCAAGAUCGCACCUCAAUCCAUGAAGCAAUGGAGCAACAAAGCAUUUCAAUUAGCAAAGCAGGAAUUGUUACGAGUUUGCAGGCCCGCUGUACUAUCAUAGCGGCGGCUAAUCCCAUAGGCGGGCGUUACGAUCCUAGCCUUACCUUUGCUGAAAACGUUGAUUUAAGUGAGCCGAUUCUCAGUCGUUUUGAUGUUCUCUGCGUCGUCAGGGAUACUGUGGAUACAGUUCAAGAUGAAAUGCUGGCUCGCUUUGUUGUCGGUAGUCAUAUGCGCCACCACCCUAACCUCACUAAGGGAGAGCGCGUCGAACUGACUGACAGGCUCUCUGCUCAUGGUGCAUCCUUAGGCCGAAUCACAACCGGUAACGUACUAGCUCUCCCCCAGGAUCUGCUGAAAAAAUACAUAAUAUACGCCAAAGAGCGUAUCCAUCCAAAACUUAACAACAUGGACCAGGAUAAGGUCGCGAGGGCCUACGCAGACCUUCGUAGGGAAUCAAUGGCAACUGGCAGUCUUCCCAUCACAGUUCGGCACAUCGAGUCCGUAAUUCGUAUGGCAGAAGCACAUGCUAGACUACAUCUCCGCGACUUCGUAAAUGAAGACGACGUCAAUAUGUCGCUAAGAAUAAUGCUAGAAUCCUUUAUAUCUACUCAAAAGUUCAGUGUGAUGAAGUCCAUGCGACAGAAUUUCACCAGAUACCUCAGCUUUGGCCGCGACAAUCAAGAUCUCAUACUUUUCCUUCUGAAGCAACUUGUCCAAGACCAAUUGACGUUUAUGCGUUCAAGACACCGAGGCGAACCAGAUCAAGAUAUCGAGAUACCCGAAAAAGACCUUGCUGAGAGAGCCAAGCAGCUAAACGUUUCAUCAAUUCGCAACUUUCUUCAAAGUGAACUCUUCAAGCUCCAUAGGUUCUCCUAUGAUGCAAGCAGAAAGGUCAUAAUUCACUCAGUCUGA